CUGCUCACUGCCUGUGGACAGGCCGGCUGCGUGGACGCGGGUCAGGGCCAGGCGGGAGUGAGCAGGUCUGAGGGGAAAUGCCCUCCCUCGCGAGUGCCGUCACAAGGUCCUGCUGUCCCCUUCUUAGUGCUGGGUGGCCCCAAACCCAGGACCUGGGGCACAACCCUGAGACUGCUGAGUGUACCACUGACACAUCCCCAGCUGCUUGGUGCAGACUUGCGCUGGCAAAAGGGCACACCCACCUCAGCGUGUCCCCCAGGCUCUUCCCCUGCCCUUUCAGACCCAGGAAUCAACGAAGCUCCGGAAAAGGAACUUGGUAAACAGCAGGCUGGGGUGUAGGGGACAGCGGAUUACUUCCUCUCUCAGUCCAGCUAGGCCGCUUUAGGGAUCCAGACGUCCGUGGUGACCUGUUCACUGUCAUGCCCAGCAUGUGCCGGCUGCUGCCGCCUGUGGCCCUGCUACUUCUCACUUCAGCUGGCACGAGAGCUGCAGACCUCCCAAAGGCCGUGGUGUCCCUGGACCCUGAGUGGGACAGGUUGCUCGAGAAGGACAAUGUGACACUGCAGUGCCAGGGGGCCUACCCCAAGGAGGACAACUCCACACGGUGGUUUCACAACGGGAAACCCCUCUCAGACCAGAGCUCCACCUAUGUCAUCAAGGAUGCCCGCGUGAAGGACAGUGGAAACUACAGCUGCCACACAGCCUCCUUCGCACUCAGUGACCCCGUGCAGCUCAAGGUCCACGCUGGCUGGCUGCUGCUCCAGGCGGCUCGCUGGGUUUUGCAGGAGGGUGAGCCCCUGCAGCUGAGGUGCCACAGCUGGAAGAACACCCGUGUGCAGAAGGUGCAGUAUUUCCGGAACGGCAGAGGCCAGCAGUUUUCCCAUAAGAAUUCUGAAUUCCACAUCCGGCACGCGAAGCGCGCGCACAGCGGCUCCUACUUCUGCAGGGCGAUCAUCGGGAAACAGAAUGUGUCUUCAGAGGCUGUGAACGUCACUGUUCAAGGUUCGGCAGUUCCAGCCAUCUCUCCAUUCUUCCUACUGUGGCAGAUCGCAUUCUGCCUGGUGAUGGGAUUCCUGUUUGCAGUGGACACCGGGCUGUACUUCUCUGCGCAGAGACAACUUCGAAGCUCCCUGAGGAAAAACAUAAAUAACAAAGUCACAUGGAGCAAGAGCCCUUAGGACAAAGGGGGCAGUAAACGCUGCGUCUGGGAACCUGUCUCUGGAGGGACCCCCAUCAGGCCAGCAGGCGCCUCUGGGAGCAGCAGGAAAACUACAGCUCAGAGCUGGGGCUCUGUUCUCACUUCGUCUCCAGGAGAAAGGAAGGGCCUGUGAUUUUAUUUUUUCUUUUAUCUUAUCAUUUUUUAUUGCUCAAUCUGGUUUUUAAAAUGUAUUUUUAAUUAGAGUUGGCACGUAAUGUUACAUGAGUGUCAGGUACGCAAUGUACCAAUUCAACAUUUACGUGCCUUACAAAGCCAACAAAGGGCCUGCCAUCUCUGAGGGCCAACAGUGAAGCCUCCAUGGGAACUGGAGCCUCAGAGCCUCACAGACAGUGUCUCUGUGCCAAUCAUCCAGCCUAGCAAAGCAAUAGUACAGACCUUAGAUGGUGACCCGUGAUGUGUGAAUGCUGUUCUCCAAUAACUGGCUAGGUAUUAGGUUGGUGCAAAAGGAAUUAUGGUUUCAAAUGUUAAAAUUGCAAAACCACAAUUCCUUUUGCACCAACCUGAUAGGAGAAACAAUGGCUGAGGGGCAGCUGGUGGUGGUCGGCACCUGCCUGCUGCUGCAGGACGCCCUUCAGACUGACUGGGGACAACUAGGGGCUGGGGGUGACAACAGAACCUGAGAAAUAGGAGGGUUGGGACAGACCAAGGGAGACCCCACCAGGACUGGCUCCCUGGAACGUGAGCCAUGGAGGGGGGUAACAGAAAAAUCACACAGGCGAUGGAGGAUUGAGGUUUUCAGGGGAGCCCUGCCAGAAUUAGGAUGGUCUACAUUGAACCCUCUUGAUGGGUGAAUAGAAAAUGGUCCCAGCAAGGGGAUGGGGGGUGGGGGAGAAGAAAGCAUAGGACCAGCUCUGUGCCCACAGUGAAGAGAGUGGCUUUGCUGUCCCAGAUUAAGAUCAGCGGACAAAGAUUUCCACGUCCACACUGAGAAAGCGGGACAAGUGAGAGCCAGCCACAACCGCCAGGAAGAAGUGAGCAGGUGAGGACACUUGCGUGGGCCAGGAUGGUAAGAACUAGAGCAGGGGCAGGGACUACACCCAGCUUUUCGGCUCCACUCUCUGAUUAGUGAGGGCUCGGUCCCCGUCAUUCGUCAGACACAGGUUGGAAGUCACACUAAAAGUACUCAACCUGCAGAGUGAACCUGGGACCCCUUCAAAGCCCUCGCCAGGCAGGGAGAGGGGAACGGGGGCAAGGAGACACAGCUGCUGCUUGUAGAAGGAAGCUUUAGCUAUCCUGUUCCGCUUCAGACGCUUUAAACAAUGCUUGUUGAUCCCAGUAGAGCAUUUUACAAGUGCAUGCUACUCUCAGACAGAAGGUGGAAAAGCUAUCGCAA